AUGGCAGCCGCCUCGUCCGCCCAGAGACGAUCAACAAAUUCUCAGCAAUCAAAUUCCGUCCCAUCUACACCGCACCAACAUCCGCGAGACCUUCGUUUCCACUCACGAUCUCCCUCUCCCAGCAAGACAAUAGGUCACAACUCUCCUCACGCCGGCGCUUCUGGAGCUGUCGGCACUCCCGUGGUAGCAAAGCCAGUCCAGGAGUUUUGUAGAUUCGAGACUGGUGCCGAGUACAGGACACGGCGGAUACCCUACAUUGAAGGCGGCAACGACCCGCUACCACCACCAACAGAAGAGCCCAAGGCGGCUCUUGACCCAGAGCAAGAUGAUAAACUGAGUGGCGACAUGAGAGAACUUUACGGCCGGUUAUUACCCACAGAUGAAAGCGAAGAAAGAAGGCGGAAACUCGUCCAGAAGCUAGAGGACAUCUUGAACAGAGAAUGGCCCGGCAACGAGAUCAGAGUGAAUGUUUUCGGGUCUUCUGGCAACCUGCUCAGCUCCAACGACUCUGAUGUUGAUGUUUGUGUAACCACACCCCUGAAAGCGCUCGAGUCCAUGCACUCUUUGGCCGCUGUUCUUCACAGACAUGGCAUGGACAAGGUCAUUUGCAGAGCAUCUGCAAAGGUCCCAAUUGUCAAGAUCUGGGAUCCUGAACUACAACUGGCAUGCGAUCUAAACGUCAACAACCCACUGGCUCUUGAGAACACGCGCAUGAUCAAGACAUAUGUCCAGAUCGACAACCGAGUACGACCGCUCGCGAAGAUCAUCAAAUAUUGGACGAAAAGAAGGAUACUCAACGAUGCUGCCUUUGGAGGCACUAUCAGUUCCUACACAUGGAUAUGCAUGAUCCUCAACUUCCUGCAGACCCGCAACCCUCCAAUACUCCCAUCUCUCCAGAAGAUGCCCGGUUCUCGCUCCACACAAGCCAACGGUCAGAUCUCAGCGUUCGCCGACGAUUUGGAAGAGCUACGCGACUAUGGGAAAGACAAUCAGGAAAGUCUUGGGCAGCUUAUUUUCCACUUCUUCCGACAUUACGCAUAUGUCUUCGACUAUGAAGAGCUUGUGGUCUCGGUGAAAGAAGGCAAACCACUUGCGCGCAAAGAGAAGGGCUGGGACACAAAAAACUACAAGGAGAAGGAAUCUCGCAGUCGUUUGUGUGUCGAAGAACCGUUUAACACGCAAAGAAACCUCGGAAAUUCCGCCGACGAUUACGCAUUUGGUGGCAUACACAAGGAGAUCCGAAGAGCAUUCGAGUUGCUCAAGGACGGUUCUGGUCUUGAGGAGUGUUGCGCUCAGUUCGAGUUCCCUAUUGAGGAGAAGACGAUAUUUCAAAGGCCGCCGCCCAAGCCUAAACCUAUCCUCACUCGAAGUGCCUCUCAAUCCGGACGCCCUAUCAACGGGAACAACCAAGCGAGAGGUAACGGAAAUGGCGCGAGAAACAACCGCAAUCCGUCUAAUCAACGGGCCAAUGGCCGUAGGUCCUCGAGUGGAACCGCAUAUGGCAAUUCGAGGGUACCAUACGUUAUGAGCCCGCCGGUCGGGAUUAACCCUGCAGAUUACUUCCAAGCCACUGCAAUAUCGACUGAUCAAUUGCACAAUCAGCUCUACAAGCAAUAUCGCUUCUUACAGGCGCAACAAGAGGCUUUGAGAAACCAGCUUCUACAACAACAGCAAACCCAAGUCCAGUUGCAGCAGGUCCAGGCUCAGGCGCAAGCUCGUGGUGUCGACCUUGGGACUCCUCCUCGUUCGCGACAAUUUGCGAAUAACAUCCCAAGCCCCCACAGUCCACGAAUCUUCGAGAACUCAUCUACAACAGCACCACCGCUUCUGCCUGGCUACCUUUAUCAUUAUCCGGCGAGAUACCCUCCGCCGUCACCUUUGUCCCAAUCGAGAAAUACUGAGGAUACUAUCAUCGGACCUUCUUCGCCCUCAUUGCAGAGCGCAACUCCUACAUUGCGGAGAGGUGUACACCGCGGUUCCAUCACUGAAGGCACGGCCAAUGCUUCGGCUCGUUCACAAUCCCAACCUGGACGUUCGUUCCCCAAUCCGAUGACGCUCCAGGGUCUUGCGCAUCCAGGCUACGAUGUGUCCGGAGCGAUUGCUACGCCCUAUAUGAUGCCGCGCUCAGUGCAGCAUUUCACUCAGAUGCAGCCAAAUGGCUCAGUAAGGCAGACCAAUGGCUCUUUCCCUGCAGAGUCUGCUAUGCCUAAGGAGUAUGUCGGGUACUAUGUGGGGCAGUCUCCUCAGCUUCUGCCUCAGUACCAGAGCGGCAACUUGGUACAGGUCCCACAGCUAAGAGAUAUAGUUCCACAGUCCGACAGACGCAUAUCUCCCGAGCUCGGCUACCAAGCCUCUGAUGGCUUGCGCCUUGGCUCCCGUUCGCCCUCGCCGUUUGCUGACGGGCGUCGACACUCGAGCUCAGCGUCUGCUUACCCUCUUGCAGCCGUUCAACCUUUCUCCCAGGUACCCGUACAGCAGAAAGUCAACGAGAGCCAAGGUCCUGUUAUCGUAAAUGGAUCCAACAUGGCAAGCGCAAAACAGAAGCAGCCUUCUGCGACAAUAACCUCGACGCCAUUGGUGCAGAAAAGCAACGACACCACACCUGAGCUAGUCCCAACGGAACAGAUUCAGCAGAUGUCGUUAGAUGCAUCCGUGUUCCAUACCAACGGUCAGCAGCACGACAUGGGUGAAGCAGCACCACGGCACUUCGUCGCACGCCCGAAUGGCCAUGCUGUUGAGCCCUCGUUGCCAGCUCAUGUCGCUCAGAAUGUUCCGACGCCUGUUUGGAGGCAGAAUGCACCAGAUCCUCAGGGAAUGUCCAACCACGCCGUGCCUGCGUCCCAAGGUCAAGAUACGAGCCAUGCAUCUUCGAUGAGUCUGAAUGGUUCCAUGCAAGCUGCCUCGCUCCACCCAUCCAUGGGACCGCUUUUGUCACCUGUCGCCGAGAUUCGUACUCCAUCGCCUGCGUUGGGCCGAGCGACUGACUCCUCGAGGUCGGGUCCACACCACAAGCUCGCGCAUAACGUCCAAAUUGCCAAUGGCAAACUCGCAGAGGCAGCUACCAAGUCCCACAAUGGCAAUUCGCAUCGCAGUGACGGUGGUAAGCAUCAAGCUCCUACAAGCAGCUCCGCCGGUCCUUGGCAGCAAGCUCCAGCAAGAAAGGGGCACAAGAAGAGCAAAUCCAACACUGCCAACAAGGGCUCGCAUACGCCCAAGACUGGCGGCGGAGAGCCUUUGCCUGCCAACGAAGCCGACAGAAAGGGCGGAUGA